ACCAUAUUGUAUGAAUAAGGACCCCGUAAAAUUCUUGAGUAGAGGAAUAUUUAAAAUGGUCUAGUACCGUCUUACAUUUGAUUUAUUUAAAACAUGUAAACAGGUGUUCUUUUUACUCGACGAAUAGAUGUUUUAGUACACUUUAAAUACAGCGCGACCCGUUUUUAAUUGUGAAUGUGUGUACGACUGAACGUAGGUAUAUUUAUCUUUCUACAGUAAGAUACACGCUGCGCCGGUGCACAGCGGUUUUCAGUUCUGCUAGCAGGGCGGCGUUGUGGGUUGAAGUAGUCUCGUCUCUUUUUUAUUUUAAAAAAUACAUUGUAGCAAAUCGUUGGGUGUUGUUAAUAAAUAUACAUUCGCAAGGGAUAUUUGCUGGACAGGGGUUGAGCCAGAAUGGCGGAUGAAGUUCUGUUUCAGUUCCUCCACAAUGAGCUCAUACAGUAUGUUUACAAGUCGGCUGAGCAUGGGGAGAUGGAGAAUGGGAGAUGCAUAACAAGACUGGAAAACAUGGGCUUCAGAGUGGGCCAAGGAUUAAUAGAAAGGUUCACCAAAGACACUGCACGGUUCAAAGAUGAACUGGAUGUCAUGAAGUUCAUUUGUAAAGAUUUCUGGACCUGUGUAUUCAAAAAGCAAAUCGAUAACUUAAGAACAAACCAUCAGGGAAUUUAUGUGCUACAGGAUAACAAGUUCCGGUUGCUGACACAGAUCUCUGCAGGAAAACAGUAUUUAGAGCAUGCACCCAAGUAUUUGGCAUUCACCUGUGGUCUGGUGAGAGGAGGACUGUCAAAUCUGGGGGUUAAAAGCAUUGUCACGGCAGAAGUCUCUGUGAUGCCUGCAUGCAAAUUUCAAGUUAUGAUACAGAAGAUCUAGAAGGAUCCUCGUGUUGAGUUUAAUGCCUUUUUAAAUGUAUGAAGUAUUCCUGCACGCAAACACAGUAUGGUGGCAUUCAGGACCUUUGUGUAAUAUCUGUUUUACUUUUUACAAUGACUUUAACUGACUUUAAUUGCCUUGAAAAGCAUCUGUGUUUAAAUUAUUAUUCACAACUCUUAAUAAAGGACCACAUUACUAUAUUAACAAAGUUCUCGUGCUUAUUGUAAGUAGAAAUUAACAUUCAGGCAUGCACCCUUGUGAAGUUCAGGUAAUUUGUGUUGUAAGUGAGUUCAAAAACUGUUUUCAUCAAGAGGAGUCACUGAAAACUAAAACCCAACAGAUGAAAUUGAAAUACAAGGAAUGUACAGGGUGAAUGAUAAAGAGAUCAUAUUCAACUUAUUCAACUGUCCUAGUGGAAAAUAAAUUAAGUCUGCUUCAUUUCGUUUUUUCGUUUUUAGAGUUCUGUAUAUUUUUGCCAUGUGUAAUCUGGACUUUAGUCAAACUGAUUUUACUGAUGUGUAUGUCAUAUACUGUAUCUGAAUGGCAACGGAAUUGAAUGAUCGAAAUUGACUUGAGUGAUAUAAAUAUAAAGAUUCAAAUUUAUAUAGACCCUGUCAUCAAGAUGCAACUAUAUAUAUAUAGAUAUAUUUUGUAAAGGAAAUUGACUUCAAAUGCACCAAUCAAGGCCAGUACAGCAAUUAACUAAUUUACUGAUUGCAGUGAUCCCUCACUUAAAGUUAUCCAUCUAAUAUCUCAGCUUACUCCUGUUUUGGAAUCUCUGCACUGGCUUCCUGUUAAUCUAAUUUUCAGAAUCUUCUAAAUCUUGAUUUAAAAGUUAUUUUAUUGAUUUUUAAAGCUUUGAAUGGUUUGGUUUCAUUCUGUCUGAUCUUUUGUAUUUAUAAGACAAAACAUUAUGGGGAAAUAAGGUUUUUGUUAGGGAUGUGCCUCACAAGUUGUGGCUUUUCCUGCAGUCUAGAUUUG